AUGGCGUUUCUGUGGGCAGUUGCCUGCCUGGCCCUUGCCAGCACUGUCUCAGGCUGCGGGGUGCCUGCCAUCAGCCCCUCGGUGCACUACAGCGAGAGGAUCAUCAACGGGCAGAACGCGGUGGCCGGCUCAUGGCCCUGGCAGGUGUCCCUGCAGGUACGGCACCCCCAAGCCUUGGCAGCGCGCCUGCAGCAGGUAACCCUGCCCUUGAUCUCCCCGAGACAGUGCAUGCAGCACUGGGGCAACCGGAUCACCAGCUCCAUGCUCUGUGCCGGCGGGGUCGGCGCCUCCUCCUGCCAGGGUGACUCUGGCGGACCUCUGGUAUACCAGAACGGGAACGUCUGGACCUUGAUCGGCAUCGUCUCCUGGGGAAACAGCAACUGCAACGUCCACAUGCCUGCCAUCUACACCCGCGUAAGCCGGUUCCGAAACUGGAUCGACUACGUUGUUGCUCAGGGAUAGAGUC